AUGGUUUCGAAACCCAUGCGCGUGCUACUGCAGCAGCAAGAAAGGCGGCUGCAAGCACGCGUGCAGCCGCAAAAAGUGCCUCUCACGCCUCAUCAGCAGGUGAUUCCGGGUACCUCGAAUCGCAAUCAAGAAGAGUCUGAGAUAGAGCUCAUCUAUUCCGGCGAGUCGGAUGAUGCAUUCGACUCGAAGGUGACUCCUCACGCCUCGGGAUCACCCGGGGCAGACGCUGCAAAAGACAGGCUGACUGGCUCUGGUCAGCGCGGCAGUAUCAUGACCGAGAUCUUCGUAUCGAGUGAUUAUUCCGAUGAGUCUCCGCCUCACGCAAGUCCAUCCAACGAUAGGACGCGUGGAGAUGGUGGUGAUGCACAUAUGCAUCACCACGAGCGAAGUAGCUCAAGGUAUUGGGGUAACACUGGUGCCAGUGCUCAUGCUGGCACCAAUCAAGAGGCCAGGAACCGAAAUGUCCUGCGCCACGCUCCUCAAGUGGAGUCUUCUUGGAUGCCGUCAUCUAGAGAGUUAGACCGGUUGGCCGGCAUCACUACCGAUCGGGACCAUAUCCCGUUGCUCGACUUUAGGAAGAUCUGCCCUCCAAAUUCCAGCACGGAAACUAUCCGUGCUGAGGAAGAAUUCUUCACCGAUGCAUUUUUUAAGCACCGGUGGUACUACGGCAGCCGUGGUCGAGACGGUACGGCCCUGGUGAAAGGAUGGAAUGCCUUUACCUACAACAUCGAGUGUAUUGGCUUUUAG